AGAUGUGAAGAUAUUUUUGAGCAAUACGGAGGCGAUAAGAGUAACAAGCCCUCGAUGUCAUAGCUGAAACCAGCAAAAAGAGGAACUGGCCAAAUUUGCUGUAUUCAUAUCUUCCUUCUGUACUAUAAGUGAAAAUUUUGAAAUUUAGGGAUUUUGUAUGCGAUAAUGGGAGUGGUGAUGGCUUGGAAUGGUUACAUGCUUCCUCCGCAAACGGAAAGUAAAGUUAUGGCUCCUGUACGCCGCUUUGUCGGUCGCCGGAAACUCUGUUUCGAUGGAAUUUCAUCCAUGUGUUCUUCCUCAGACACGCAUCAUGACGACGACUCCGUUUCACCUCGUCAUCGCAUCUUCACCAAAACAGUUAGCGAAAAAACACUCAAUGAUUUGGGAGAGGUUACAAAAGUUUUUUUUACAACACGAAGAAUGCUGUUAACAAGUUUAUUGAUGCCCUUAUUAUACUAUCCCCCUUCAAGGUACUCAUCAGCUAAUGCUUUAGGAGACACUUCUGUGACACUUGAACAAGUAACACCAGUUGUUAUCCCUUCUGGGCCACUUUUUCCUCCUGAGGAAAGAAUCGUGAAGCUAUUUGAGAACAACACUUACUCUGUUGUCAAUAUAUUUGAUGUAACUCUUCGCCCCCAGCUUAAUGUUACAGGGGUAGUUGAGAUUCCUGAAGGAAAUGGUUCAGGAGUUGUUUGGGAUGAAGAAGGGCACAUUGUCACGAAUUACCAUGUUAUUGGCAAUUCUUUAUCAAGGAAUCCAAAACCUGGACAAGUUGUUGCACGAGUUAAUAUUCUUGCCACAGAAGGGGUACAAAAGAAUUUUGAAGCCAAAUUAAUAGGUGCAGAUAGAUCCAAGGACCUUGCUGUCUUACAGGUGGAAGCACCUACAGAUCUUUUAAGGCCAAUGAAAAUCGGUCAAUCAUCUUUCUUAAAAGUUGGUCAACAAUGUUUAGCCAUUGGGAACCCUUUUGGGUUUGACCACACACUCACUGUGGGUGUUAUUAGUGGCCUUAACAGAGACAUAUUUAGUCAAACUGGAGUCACAAUUGGUGGAGGAAUUCAAACUGAUGCUGCCAUCAACCCUGGAAACAGUGGAGGCCCGUUGUUAGAUUCUAAAGGAAAUUUAAUCGGGAUCAACACUGCGAUAUUCACACAAACAGGGACUUCAGCGGGGGUGGGAUUUGCUAUCCCUUCCUCCACGGUAGUUAAGAUAGUCCCUCAGUUGAUUAAGUUUGGAAAAGUUGUUCGAGCUGGAUUAAAUAUUGAAAUUGCCCCUGAUGUUGUUGCAAAUCAACUUAAUGUUCGAAACGGAGCUCUUGUUCUACUGGUUCCUACAAAUAGUCCGGCAGCAAAAAUUGGUCUUCUUCCCACCACAAGAGGAUUUGCGGGUAAUAUUGUUCUCGGUGACAUCAUUGUAGCAGUUGAUAACAAACCCGUGAGGAAUAAAGCAGAAUUUUUAAAAGCAUUAGAUGAUUACAGUGUGGGAGAUGAGGUUCUCUUAAAGAUACAAAGAGGUAAUGAGACCAUUGACAUGGCUAUUGCUUUAGAGGAGUCUUCAUAAGAGAAUAUAUAUGACCUUUUUAUGCAUUUGGUUUUGUAUAUUGGAUUAUUUA